AUGCCAGUACCACCGCCGCCACCACCUCCUCCCCCACCUGCAGCCAUGAGUGGGGGUUCAGCUGUUUCAAGCUCUCCACAGCCAAUCAUGGCAGGCAGAGAUGCGCUAUUAAACGAUAUUAGACACGGUAAAAAGUUAAAGAAAGCUCAGACGAAUGAUAGAAGUGCUCCAAUUAUCGGGGGUAGUCAAGGCUCAUCAUCUGGAGCUCCUCAGUUGCCUACUGGUAGUGCACCUUCGAUACCAGGAUCUGCAUCAUCAGGCCAAGCUCCUUUGGGUCCUCAAUUGGGAGAUAUUCUAGCAGGAAUGGUGCCUAAAUUGAGACCUCGCCGCGAUCAGAAUGUUUCUGAAUCUUCCUAUACAGAUUCUACUUCUUUAGAUCAUGGGUCGAUGUCUCCUGUUCUAGAUUUUGGGGCGCCAGCUGUUCCAAAAGGUGCGUCAAGCCCCGUUCCCAUAACGCCAUCUAUUCCAAGUACAAGGCCACCGCGCCAUCAUAGGAGACCAAGCAUUGCUGGACAGGUUCCUCCACUUCCUGGUGGUAUGCCUACCUCAGGACCACCACCUCCUCCACCUCCAUGUCCACCACCUACCAACCAUCCUGAAGGUAUCGAACAUACAUUUCCUAGUCAUCCUCCAGUACCAAUAUCUAAUGCUCCUCCGAUUCCUCCAUCCAUAGCACCUCCUACUCCUAAUUUACGGUCUUUUACUGCUCCACCUCCACCUCCUCCGCCUGGCCCUCCGCCUCCACCUGCUCCUGCAUUAGGUGCUCCACCUCCACCUGCUCCGCCUGGCCCUCCGCCUCCACCUGCUCCUGCAUUAGGUGCUCCACCUCCACCUCCUCCGCCUGGCCCUCCGCCUCCACCUGCUCCUGCAUUAGGUGCUCCUCCAGUACCAUCGUCUAUGCAACCACCAGCUUUAUCUGAUCAAACAACUAGUGCACCUUCAUCAGGAGGAUCGUUACCUUUUUUGGCAGAAAUUCAGAAAAAGAGAGACGAUCGGUUUGUGGUCAGCGCAGACUCAGGUUAUAGCACGGUUCCUGGGCCAGCCUCUGAUGGAUCAAUCGAGGACAAACAGCAUAUGGUGACCUCAACGCCUACUGGAUCAGUGCGAAAUGAACAAUCAUUUUUGGGCGAGAUUGAGUCAAGAGCCAGAAAUCAUCAACACAAGUCACAUAUUUCAAAUUCAAAUACUAGCCCUCUUCCAUCCAAGCAGACGUCACUAGCUUCAAGUUUCCGUCCAAAGCCGCCAUCAGCAGUAGCUCCACCUCUUCCUAAUGUAGGUGCUCCUAAACUCCCCCAUCCGGAGCAUCACAAAGUUUAUGAACCUGUCGUACCUAAUUCACAAGCCCCGGCUGCUCCCCCGGCUACCCCUCCAGCACCCUCAGUAUUUACGUUAUCUCACUUGCGGCCAUCUCCUUCAAGAAGUCCUUCUAUGCCACAGGCCAGCUCACCUAUGGGUUUACCAUUUCUAUCUGAAAUUCAGAGCAAAAGGGACGAUAGGCAUGUCAUAGAAAAAGGAUCAAACUAUAAUACGACAAACUCCAGUGACGACUUCAUUACGCCUGUCACCUCCACACGUGCAAUAACACCUCAAAUGCCGGGCACUACAGCACCGCAACUUCCUCAAUCAUUGCCUCCACAAGAAUUUCAUUCUGGACCUGCGCUGUCACAUCCGCAACCAAGAAGGCAUUCGAUGAAUAAAGGCCCUCCACCUCCACCUCCUGCUGCUGCUCCUUCUGUGACCUCAGGACCGUUAGAGAUACCUCCUGUUUCUUCAAGCUCGCGUAAACAUCGUAUAUUCUCUUCUGCCGGCGAUGAAGCUGCUGCGUCUCAAGGUCUAACUCGUCAUACCAGUGUACGUGAGGCAAGCGUAGAUACUUAUACGAUAAGCGGAAGAACUGCCAACGGUGGAAUAUCUGUUGGCCAACAUCGCAUCAACAUUGAUGACUCUCGGUUCAAAUUUGUAAACUCCAACGACCUUCCAAAGCCCAGAGUUUUCCAAGGCAAACAAAAGCUUUAUCCUAGUGGCAGAGGUAGUAGCGUACCAUUAGACCUAAGUCUAUACUCAUAA